AUGCCGCUCCGUGCACUACGCCAACGCGCCUCGCUCCUGCGCUGCCACAGUCAUUACCAAACCGUCUGCCUCUUUCCCGAGCGCACUGCAAACGAACAUGAGAGCGCGCGUGCGCGCGAGGUGAGACCUCUUCCCUUCCCGCAGCGCAACCAUGAAAACCUUGACUUGCAGGCGUUCGCGAUAACGAUCGCGCUCUCCGCGCUUCACCGCGAGGCUGGACCAGUAGCUCCCAGCAUGGUCACCCUCCCGCCCCCACAACACUCUCGCGCCCCUGCCCACCCCAUGCAGAGCCAUAAAGUUCUAGGCAUGGCUCACACUGCAGACUCAGUGUCGCUUUUACCCACUCAUCCCGCUGAUUCCCGCUGGCCUCAGGAGGGCCUCUACCCCGGCUACGCGGCCUUUCAGUCAGUCGGUUAUCACCAGUCCCAACUCUCUCGCCCCGAUACUUUCCUUUCUCAAACCAUUCCACCAGCUGCAGGCUUUAACAGCUACCGUCAAGAUGGAUCGUAUUUCCACCAGCGGCAAUCUUACCCCAAUGGUUACACGGACGCAUUCAACACCAACACGACCUGCCAGCAACUUCAACAACAGCAUCAACAACACCGAGAAUCUUCCAGUACUCUCACCCCUCCGUCCACCAGCUCCUCGCCCGUGAACGAAGUAAAAGCGUCCAAUGGCCAGCAACAGCAGCAGCAGCCACCGCAACACUCCGGAGACGAGUCCGCAGGCACAACAGAGGCGAACAAUAGACGCCUGGAAGCCAUGCUGUGGAUGAGAAACAACUGGAAACACCAUCACCAGCAUCCUGAAAAUCUCCUUCAGUAUACGAAAGAGGCGUUGUUUGGUCUCCGCGACAGUCAAGAUGGGAGGUACUGGCAGCAUCAACAGCCUAAUCCCUGGGAGGUUAAGGCUCCCACACCCACGUCUCCUCUAGGGGAACAGGAAAUGUUAAAGAGGAACUCGUACGAGUACCAACAGAACACCUACCAACAGGGGUAUUACGAAGGAGGUGGGGUGGGUGCCUAUAAGACUGAUAGGGGUGUCAGUCCAGAGCCUACAUCGGUGGCUGCAGCCUACCACUCGGCGGCAAUGGCUGCAGCCGCGGUAGUGGCACAAGCGGCGGCCUCAGGGAAGUCACCGUCACAACACCACCAGCAACAUCAACAGCAGAUUCAACACCCACCAGGAUUUUUGGCCUCACAACCAGCAAACCCGCUUCGUGCUACGGUUAGUGGACUGACUGCAGGUGGGAGGCUAUCAAAGGGCAAGAAGCUGUCAAUAACUGAGGGUAGAGAAUGCGUCAAUUGCGGUGCCACAACAACUCCUCUUUGGCGGAGAGAUGGUCAGGGGAAUUACUUGUGCAAUGCCUGCGGCCUCUAUCAGAAAAUGAACGGCCAAAAUCGUCCUCUAAUAAAGCCAAAACGGCGACUGCAAUCUUCAAGCCGGCGCACUGGAACAGUUUGCUCCAACUGCCACACUGCGACAACUACCCUCUGGCGCCGGAACAACAACGGCGAACCCGUAUGCAAUGCGUGUGGUCUUUACUUCAAAUUACACAGCGUACAGCGACCCAUUUCAAUGAAGAAGGACGGCAUUCAGACGCGCAAUCGCAAAGUUUCACAAAAGUCCAAGAAGUGUAGAUCCAAUGGUGGCUUCUCAGAAUUAGAAGAGCUCAGUCUGGACUAUUUGAUCAAACCGACACUCAGUCACUUAACAGCAGCGAGUCACUUGGCGGCUGCAGCUGGCUACCAUCCACACAAAAUGGCGGGAUACAUGUCCUCUUACCUGGAUGGUGUGUCUUCGGCGUACACUCUUUCAUCUUCAUCCUCCACUGGCUAUCCCCCAGUCGAUAACACCGCAGCCGUUGCCUCCGCGGCCAUGGCUGCGAUGGGUGGUGGCCAGGCCUCCCCUUAUUGCGUGUCACAACCCACAUGUUUUCCUCUCACUUAUCCAAAUAACUCGCAUUCCCAUCAGCUACAGCACCACGCGCCUUACAGGAGUUCAGGGGAGUCGAAUACACCGGCUUCGGGAUAUUUUGGGGACUCCAACUUCCACCAAGCUAGUGGAGUUGGUGGUGCUUACUCCUUCGAUGGGCAGCAGCUCCCAAAGACACCCUUCCCACGACCCUUCUUUCAAGGUCAAACGGAUAACGGAGGAGAGGGCGAAGAAGGAGGCACUGAUUCUACUCAAUACUCGACACGAUUUCUUCAAGAGAGAACAGGCUACCAGGAAAGCGCAAGGAUGUAUCCGAACCCCACCUCGAGUGAAACUCCCGUCUACUCACAGGAGUCGCAAAUAGCUGCGACCUCGACGACACCUAGUGCUACUACUAAUUAUAUUUCAGCGACUAGACCAGGGCAGCAAGAACAGGAGGAGACACCAUCGACAGAAAAUGCCACGGCCCAGCCAAUUUACUAA